ACGACCAGCGCGCUCCGCAUGGACAGCGCGGGGAGGCUUCUCUCCAUCUCCCAUGCGCCCCCUCCCCUCCUCUCUCCAUCUUCGUCUCCCAAAACCUCAUGGAUCUACAACCAUCCCUCUCCUGCAGUAUUCUCCCAUCCAACGAAUCAUCCACAUCGGCGUUGAUUCAUCUCCCUGUCCUGGUGAUUUAUUUUUUUCGUACCUGUCUGCUGCGAUGUCGCGCGGUGUCUCAGAACUCCUCGCGCCUAAGUUUGCCUCCCAGCUCCGAGAUCUUCCAGUAAAACGUCGGCGGCUUGCCUGAUGCCUUGACGGGUGUUGGGGCCGGGGAGAACUCUGUCCGAUCUUCUCUUGAAAUAAUACAUUUUAUCCCAUGGACAAAUGAGAAUAGCUGAGAAACUGAAGAACAAAUUAUGAUAGUAUCACCUGUACAUCUAACAAGAGCUUCCGUGUUUACAAAGGCCAAGUAUCUUUUUUGUUCUCUUUCAUGGGUAUCGUCACUAACAAUUUCUGGAACACCCACAUAGGCACAUGAGAACAAAAUCGUAUAUUGCUCUAGCUUCAUAGUGAGAAUAUCUUUGUUCUUUUAUGGAUACAAUUGUAGCUACAUGAAGUAUUUAUGAGCCCUGCAUCUGUUAGAAAGCAGUCUAGAAGUGGUUGCAGCCAAGUCUUGCUAGAAAUUUGAAUUUUGUGGCGUUAAUCAAUAAUCAUCCUUAUGUAGGUCCUGAGGUAUAUGAAAAUUGAAAUCAAACUCAUGCAUUUACUUGAGAUAAGCAUCCGACUCAUGCAUUCCUUGCUAUUGCUGUUAUGUUCCCAGCCAAGUAUAAAUUUGUUACAAGUGCUUUGCUGGUUAGUUGUUUUUCACUACCAGCCCAUAGGUUUUUUAAGAUACUGAAAAGAAACACGAGGUAGCAAAACUUGCAGAAGAUACAUUUAAAAAGGUCAUUGAAACUGUUAAGAAAGACUUGAGGCCAAGAAACCAGAUGAACAAUGGUUAUUGGCGUGCCAACUGAACCACAAAUGAAGAAUUCGAUACAGAAGAUCCACAUGGUUGAAGAUGUUCAGAAUAUGAAGUCAGAACUUACUAAUCUUGAAGUCAAACUAAAGGAGGCAGAAAAGUUGAUCAUGAAACUGAGGGAAGAGGCCAGAACUACCAUCCAGAAACAAGAUAAGUUCCGGCAUGAAAUGGAGUUCUACGCAAGGACGAGGAGGUUUAUGCCGAGAUGGGCGGGAAUAAGGACAAUCUACGGAUCAUGUAUUGAAACUACCUUCAGUUGGAUUUGUGAAGGCCAAUGUAGAUGCUGCUUUCAACGCUGAAAGACAAGAAGGUGCUACUGGAGUGGGGAUUCGGGAUGAUUGGCUCGGAUGUAAAUGUAACGAUUCAGUCCUAGAUGCUCUUGCUGCUGAUGCUUAUGUUGAAAGGAAUGGCUUUACUUUGGUGAACAAUUUGCAGUGGCCUGAAGUAGUAUUGGGAAAUGACAUCCUGGAACUCCAAUCAUUAUGGAGGACUAGAAAAGAUAACAGGGCUCCAAUCAUGCCUGUACUAAAUGAAAUUCAAGAGUUUACAGGGAGAUGUGCCCUUUGAUUUAGUGCGUGUAAAUAGAGGCAAACAUGGAGAUUCAUAACCUUGCUAAGUUUGCCUCAACGUCAUGUUCUAAAUGUAAUGGUUUGCACCAAACUCCUGAGUGUAUUCUUCCAUGUAUCCAACAUGAUUGUAAUGUUGAUGUUUAACUUAUAUAAGCUCUUGAUUAUAAAAAAAAAUACUGCAAAGACUGCAAUUUGCGGCCCUGA